UUCAUUGCCUUAUCUCAAAUCUUAAGAAUGUCUUGUGUCUAUAAAUAAAUAUUUGAUCAACUCCAAAGAUCAACUUUAAUCACUUCUAUAAAUUCCUCUUAAAAAUAUUAGAUAACCAAAAGAAUCAAGGGAAAUGAAUGCUACCUUAAACUUGCGUUCCAUAGUUUUCUUCAUAAUAAUGGGUAUAAUAAUGAUGCAAGGAGCAAAAAGGUGGGGAGUUGAAGGAUGUCCACUAUACUGCUUGGAUGUAGCAUAUAUGACCUGCCCUUCAUCGGGAAGUCAACAACUUGAAGGAAGUUGCAAUUGUUGUAUGACACCAAAGGGUUGCACCCUUCAUCUUUCUGAUGGUUCUUCCCUUGAUUGCUAGCAGCUAGCUAGCUCC